AUGAAGCUAUCUAUUGCAGCCCAGUGCCUGUCGUUUGGAGCUCUCAUAUUACCUUUAGUAACUGCAUCUCCUCGACCCACUCUUGAUGAGGUUACGGAAAAGCUAGCGAUCGGUAACUACACUGGACAAGGUCUUCAAAAGAUAGCGGAUUUCCUCAACACCUUAGACCAUUAUGAGCGCCCUCAACUUGGUCUACCCGUUAGUUGCACCUUAGAAUCUUUUCAUUUGGCACAAAACUGCCAUGAACUUCGCUGA